AUUAAUUAAUUAAGUGAAAGAAGGUACACACAUUUUUUUAUUAUUAUUAUUAGUCUAAAUCGAGAGGGAGAUUCCGUCCACUCUAAAUCGGCGAUUUGGUGGAUCUUCAAGGAAAUAUGGAAGGCAUUUUGAGGGAAGGAAGGUCAUUGAAGGAAACACCAACAUGGUCAGUUGCAACAGUCACCACUGUUAUGGUAUUUGUUUGCUUGUUUGCUCAACGCUCCAUUUACCGAUUUGGAAGGUGGUUGAAAAAGACUAGAAGAAAAGCUCUUUUUGCUUCUGUAGAGAAGAUAAAGGAAGAGUUGAUGCUGCUUGGCCUAAUUUCUUUGUUGUUGGGACAAUGUGCAAGGCAGAUUUCUCAAAUUUGUGUCAAUUCAUCCCUUUUCACUAGUAGAUUCUACCUUUGUUCUCAAGAAGAUUAUGACAGUACUAGUACUAGUGACACAAUCCAUUCCUCCAUUCUCUCUAAUCAUACUACUCUUAUUCCUCCCAAGGGAAUUUAUCAACCAUCACAUCAAUGUGGUGAGGGACGUGAACCUUUUGUCUCCUAUGAAGGUCUUGAACAGCUUCACCGCUUCCUCUUUGUUCUUGGUAUCACCCAUGUUCUCUACAGUUGUAUUGUUGUCGGCUUGGCCAUGACCAAGAUAUACAGUUGGAGGAAGUGGGAAAACCAAGUGAGCUCUGGGGAAGAGAACAACUUACAAGUGCCAAAGAAUAAGGAGAUGAGACGACAGUCCACCUUUGCUCUGCAUCAUGCUUCCCAUCCAUGGAGUAGGAGUCGGAUUCUUAUAUGGAUGCUUUGCUUUCUUAGGCAGUUCAGGACUUCAAUUCACAAGUCAGAUUACUUGGCACUGAGAUUGGGGUUUAUCACUGUAGGUAUUCAGUUUCUUUUGAAUCACAAGCUUCCACUUACUUACAAUUUCCACAAGUACAUGGUUCGUAGCAUGGAAGAUGAAUUUUAUGAAAUUGUAGGGAUCAGCUGGCUACUUUGGGGUUAUGCCAUCAUAUGCAUCUUCGUCAACAUUCAUGGUCUUAAUAUCUACUUCUGGCUCUCUUUUAUUCCUGCCAUCCUUGUCAUGGUGGUUGGAACAAAACUACAGCAUGUAGUCUCCUCGUUGGCACUUGAAAUUGCAGAACCGAAGGGUCCACUUAUUGGGUCGCAAGUAAAGCCACGCGAUGAAUUGUUUUGGUUUGGAAAACCGAAGAUACUAUUACGAUUGAUACAGUUUAUAUCAUUUCAGAAUGCUUUUGAAAUGGCAACCUUUAUCUGGUCCUUGUGGGGAUUGAAGCAACGGUCGUGCUUCAUGAAGAACCAUGCAAUGGUUGUCAUCAGAUUGAUUUCAGGGGUUCUUGUGCAGUUCUGGUGUAGCCACAGUACUGUUCCUUUAAAUGUGAUUAUCUCACAGAUGGGUUCACGGUGUGGAAAGGCUCUCGUAGCUGAAAGUGUUCGAGACUCACUCCACAGUUGGUGCAAGAGAGUAAAGGACAGGUCGAAACACGACGCUCUACGAUCUAUAACUACAAGAUCAACAUGUUCCCUUGGAUCAACAAUUGAUGAGGGGGAUGAGAUAGCAACAGUGGCAUCAGUAACUUUAUCUCCAUGUUCCUCUAGAGGCUCAUUUCACCACCUAGAUGAGAAGGUUGUGUUGAAUGAUCAACAAGAAGAUUGCAUUGUUGAAACUUCAAACCAACCAGGUCAUGAAUUAUCUUUCAGAAACAGGGAAUAUUCAUGUGAAGCUCUGGUCACUGAUACAGAGGAGAUUGUGGAUGAUGAGACGCAUUCAUCUGAACCUCUGGAGAAUAUGGAUAAUGAUGAUGCAGACAAGAUAGAAACUCUCUUCGAGUUGUUCCAGAAGACAUGAUUUUUAUUUUUUCUCAUGCUACACAGUAUUUAUUCUGUACAUUGUACACACACACCUCCCAUACGCUACACUAGCUGUGACAAGCUGCAGAGGGAUAAGCCCUUUUUACACAAGUAUCUUAUUGUUGCCUUUGCUAUUUCUGGCAAUGGAGAUCACUUCUCUAUGAUUAAGCUAGAUUAGGCUUCUAUUGUGUAACUCAGAAAAUGAACAUACAUUGAUUUGUAAAGUAACAGUCCGAUGAAUUUUACAUGGGAAUCUUUCAGUUGAUAACAUAAGAUGUUUUUGUUUUCCACCUAGCUUGGGCAAAAUAACAGACCAAAUAUUAAUGAAAAAACCUUACUCGUUGUUAAUAUCUUUUGUGUGCAA